UCAAUUUGCAUUACAAAUCUGUAAAGGGUUUGAAGAUUCGUCCAAUAAAAUAAUGUCAAAUAAAAUAUCAAUAAUGCAAAUAAAAUUUAAAAAGUGCGCGCGCACGCAGGUUCCCCCUCCGCCCACGGGAGCGCGCAAUGUGACGUCAGCGCCUUGCCGCGCGGUGAUGAUGGCGGUGCGUGAACGCGCAGUUAAAGUAAUGGCUGCUCCGGAACGGCGGGUGCCUGGUCUCGAUGAUUUCGUGGGCCAAAGCUGGAGCGCCUGGACAGAAAGAGCCACCCUGACAGCAUCGGAGGGGUCCAAUGGAGAUGAAUACAGCAAGAAUGGCAAAACAACGACGGAAACCAUGACACUGAGGAAAGAGGAUAUGUCCAUCUUCGGUAAUUUUCCUGGGCACGAUGACUUCUAUUUGGUGGUUUGCGGCCAUUGCAGUCAGGUGGUGAAGCCUCAGGCGUUCGAGAAGCAUUGCGAGAGGAGGCAUGGCCCUCUGGGUAAGCUCUAUGCACACCUCCGCUCCACCCCACCUCCACCUCAGCAGCAUAGAUCCCGUCAUGGACACACCCUGCCUUCCCACGGAGCCUCCUCUUGGAGUGGCAGGAACCAGAAUGUCGGACCGCUGUGGGCAUCUCCGCAAUCUCCCUCAACACCGCCUCAGUUCAGGCACACGAAACCUCCGAAAGAUGGCGUUUGGCACUCACCUUCAAACUCGGGUCAUUCAGAAUCAGCUGUUUUUAAGCAGUCCCCUCUCAUCGAACCCACGCGGAGCUCCCCUCCCCCUACUCAGAGAGACCCCCCAUGGCCACAUGGAGGCCCGUCACCCAAUCGGCCUUCCUCAACCGAAAGGCCUCAAUCCCAAAGAGGCGAGGCUGCCUUGGCCCCUGCCGCCUCUGGACACCUCCGUGGGUCGAGGACGUACAAAAUGGUCUCCAAAAAAUACCUCAAGCAUCAGAUCCUCACUCCCAGAGUCCCCCAGCCAAGCCUGCAGCCGUUUCUGCCUCUCCUUCCUCCAUUUCCCAGCAUUCCAAACAGAAAGCAGGAAGUCACAACUCAACUUCUCUCAAGACUUCCUUCUACUCUUCCCACGGACCAGGCAAGGAGCCAAACCUGCAGAGUUCCUCGACCAGCGGCCUACUAA